CGGAGACGACGACGGUGCUUGUUCGAGGCGGUUGUCAAGAGACCUCUGUAGGGCUUUUCAAUUUUAGUUGAAAGUCUCUCGAUGGCCUUUUGGAGUCAAUUAGCAUAUUUCCAGAGUGGAUUUCAGUUACUCUACAUUUCAUCAAUGUUGGAGUGGAAAGAAAAAAGUGGAAUUGAUUUGGGUUGAAAAGGUAUAAGAAAUCAUAAACUCAGAAGGUGAAUAUGGGUGAAAAGAAACCAGAGCCUCUGGACUUCGUGAAGGAUUUUCAGGAAUAUCUCACUCAACAGACCCACCAUGUGAACAUGAUCUCUGGAUCAGUUAGUGGGGACAAAGAAGCAGAAGCUCUUCAGGGAGCUGGGACAGAUGGUGAUCAAAAUGGACUUGAUCAUCCAUCUGUUGAAGUGUCCUUGGAUGAAAACUCAGGAAUGCUGGUGGAUGGAUUCGAAAGGACAUUUGAUGGAAAACUAAAAUGUCGAUACUGCAACUAUGCCAGCAAAGGAACAGCACGACUCAUUGAGCAUAUUAGAAUUCACACAGGUGAAAAACCUCAUAUGUGUCACUUAUGUCCAUUUGCAUCAGCUUAUGAGCGUCAUCUGGAAGCCCACAUGCGUUCCCAUACUGGUGAAAAACCAUACAAAUGUGAAUUAUGUUCCUUCCGCUGCAGUGAUAGAAGUAAUCUUUCCCAUCAUCGUAGACGUAAACAUAAAAUGGUACCAAUUAAAGGUACUAGGUCUUCCUUAAGCAGCAAGAAAAUGUGGGGGGUUUUACAAAAGAAGACUAGUAAUCUAGGGUACAGCAGGAGAGCACUAAUCAAUUUGAGUCCACCUUCCAUGGUGGUUCAGAAACCAGACUACCUGAAUGAUUUUACCCAUGAAAUCCCAAAUAUCCAGACUGAUACAUAUGAAAGCAUGGGAAAAACGACACAGACUGGUGGCCUGCCAAGGGACCCACAAGAACUCAUGGUUGACAACCCAUUAAAUCAGCUAUCCACUCUAGCAGGACAGUUAUCUAGCUUGCCACCUGAGAAUCAAAACCCUGCAUCCCCUGAUGUUGUUCCAUGCCCUGAUGAAAAGCCUUUUAUGAUUCAGCAGCCCACCACCCCGGCAGUUGUUUCUGCUGUUUCAACAAGUAUUCCUCAGAGCUCGUCUCCUACAAGUCCCGAACCUCGGCCAUCCCAUAGUCAGAGGAACUAUAGCCCUGUGGCAGGCCCAAGCAGUGAGCGCAGUGCUCACACUAGUACUCCCAGCAUAAGUAACAGCCAGCCCAGCACGCCAGCCCCAGCCCUGCCAGUUCAGGACCCUCAGCUUCUGCAUCACUGCCAGCACUGUGAUAUGUACUUUGCAGACAACAUCCUUUAUACUAUUCACAUGGGAUGUCAUGGGUUUGAAAACCCUUUUCAGUGUAAUAUAUGUGGAUGCAAAUGUAAAAACAAGUAUGAUUUUGCCUGUCAUUUUGCAAGAGGGCAACAUAACCAGCACUGAUACAAAACAAUCAUAUCGUGAUUUUUUUGGUCUUGC